AUGCCUCCCGGCGGCGGCGGGCCCAUGAAAGACUGCGAGUACAGUCAGAUCAGCACCCACAGCUCCUCCCCCAUGGAGUCGCCCCACAAGAAGAAGAAAAUCGCGGCCCGGAGGAAAUGGGAGGUGUUCCCGGGAAGAAACAAGUUCUUUUGCAACGGCAGGAUCAUGAUGGCCCGGCAGACGGGCGUCUUCUACCUGACUCUCAUCCUCAUCCUGGUCACUAGCGGACUCUUCUUCGCCUUCGACUGUCCAUAUCUAGCAGUGAGAAUCACCCCCGCUAUCCCCGUGGUUGGUGGCAUCCUGUUCUUCUUCGUCAUGGGGACCCUGCUUCGCACCAGCUUCAGCGACCCUGGAGUCCUGCCGCGAGCCACACCUGAUGAAGCCGCCGACCUGGAAAGGCAAAUAGAUAUCGCCAACGGCACCAGUUCAGGGGGGUACCGCCCGCCUCCCAGAACCAAAGAAGUCAUCAUCAAUGGCCAGACAGUGAAACUUAAAUAUUGUUUCACCUGCAAGAUUUUCCGGCCCCCGCGAGCCUCUCACUGCAGCCUGUGUGAUAACUGCGUAGAACGGUUUGAUCACCACUGUCCCUGGGUAGGCAACUGUGUGGGGAAAAGAAACUACAGAUUUUUUUAUAUGUUUAUUUUAUCUCUGUCUUUUCUGACAGUCUUUAUAUUUGCAUUCGUUAUCGCCCACGUCAUUCUUCGUUCACAACAAACGGGAUUUCUAAACGCCCUGAAGGACAGUCCUGCAAGUGUGCUGGAGGCCGUGGUGUGCUUCUUCUCCGUCUGGUCCAUCGUGGGCCUCUCGGGCUUCCACACGUACCUGAUCAGCUCCAACCAGACCACCAACGAAGACAUUAAAGGAUCUUGGUCAAAUAAAAGAGGUAAAGAAAAUUACAACCCCUACAGCUACGGAAAUAUCUUCACAAAUUGCUGUGUGGCCCUGUGUGGGCCCCUCUCCCCCAGCCUGAUUGACAGAAGAGGGUACAUCCAGCCCGACACGCCGCAGCCAGCAGCGCCCUCCAGCGGGAUCACCAUGUACGGGGCCACGCAAUCACAGAGCGACAUGUGCGACCAAGACCAGUGCAUUCAGAGCACCAAAUUCGUUUUGCAGGCCGCAGCCACACCCCUGCUGCAGAGCGAGCCCAGCCUCACCAGCGACGAGCUGCACCUGUCCGGGAAGCCUGGCCUGGGCACACCCUGCACCAGCCUGACGCUGGGCCAGCCCACACCGCCUUCCUCCAUGCCCAACCUUGCCACUGAGGCCACACUCGCGGACAUAAUGCCUCUGAAAGAGGAGCACGUGGGCCACCAGUUCCUGACCCCUGAUGAGGCGCCCUCACCACCCCGGCUUCUGGCAGCAGGCAGCCCCCUGGCCCACAGCCGCACCAUGCACGUCCUGGGCCUGGCCAGCCAGGACUCUCUGCACGAGGACUCCGUGCGUGGCCUGGUGAAGCUCAGCUCCGUGUGACCGCGCGGCCGGGCUCUGGGGACUGCAGGGACUCACUCACAGGCAGUGGGGGUAAGCCGUGGGGCACCCACAGCAACUUCCUGCCAGCUCAAGGCCGUGGCAGAAGUGGCAGCCCUGGGCCUGGGAUGCAGAGGCCAUUCACGAUGACAGGGGGCGGGCAGGACCCAGAUGUUUACUUGGUUUUAUUUACAUUUCCUUCCCCACCUGGAACGCUUUGAUGAAAAUGAAAGUAGAGACGUACCUGUUCUCGGCAUUUAGAAUCUGAAGGGUGGGCCUGGGGAGGGAGGGCCUCCGGGGUGGAAUCGAAUCUGGGGAAAAAGGCACUGUCUGUCGCCGUUCUGUGAGGGACACAGAAGGCUUCUGAUGCUUGGGGCCAGACUGAAACUGCACUUAAGUGUUAUGCUACUAGUAUUCGAAAUAGACAUGCCACUCCAUUGUUUAUUUAAAGCAAAAACACAAACAAAAAGUCUAAAGGGAAAAAACCGACCGGAUGUGGAUUUGCAUGCCACGCUGCAGUCUGUGUAACCGUGGUCUUGGUAUUCCAAAGGAAGGGCUGCCUUCUCUCUCGUUUUCUUUCUUUCUUUUUUAAUCCUGUGAAUUCUCAAGUGCUGUUGUGUUGGAAGACAGUGCACAAGCCAAGACUAAUGGACAAUGUCAUCCUUGGUGAGCUGGCUCAGCCUAGUUGUGACAGGUGGCACCGGGGCUGUGGAGGGCUGCUGGGGCCGAUCGCACCCGGGACAUUGCACCUGUGUAGCAGUCAGCGACGUGGUGUUACACAGCCCUGCCACCGUCAUCGCCUCCCUGUGUGCACCUUCCUGUGGACAGCCAAUAAAUGACGUCCUCUGUUGUCUCGGA